ACUGAAUGCCCGUUUUUGCACUCGUUGCGCCGAAAGAAUACAAGUUUGGUAUUAUGUGUCGAAUCUCCAAGCUUGUGUAAGGCUUAUGCGUGCCGUGGUUGUACAAGGAAUCCGAUACAAGGAGUGAAAAAUCUGUGAGGCACACAGCAGCUCGUGGUUGCACGCGGCUUAUGACUCGUGACUGAUUUUGCCUCGAACCUGCGGUGUUGCCGUUGCUUUUGCUUUGGUUCUCGAAAGGACAUCUGUACGCGAGUUCACAAUGGCAUCCCCAACCUCAGCUUCUUCCAAAGCGCCAGGCACCGAAUCUGAGGCGUGUGGUCAUAGACAUCCGGGCCACGUCGGUGCAACUCACACAUACAACUGGGACGAGUUUCGUCAGUUCCUUGACAGUCAGGGAAGUCUUUGGCAUUCCGCAGUUCUUGGCGCACCCGCGAGUGCUGCGCCAAAUACGAUUUUCGAACUCGCACCGACAGCAGCAGAAGCUGGAAGAGCAAUUGCUUUUCGCCCGCGUCUGGAUGCAUACUAUGACACGGCAGCUCACAAGAUCGUUAUGCUUUUCGACCUUCCGGGCUUCGAGAAGAAGGAUAUUUCUGUCGAGGUCACGGACCACGCCAUCAUCAUUUCGGGAACUCGGGAUCGACUGAAUGACAAAGUGUUGUACGGGGAGAAAAGCCGUGAGCUUAUCAAGGAACGCGCUUUCGGUCACUUUUGCCGGAAGUUCCAGCUGCCGACAAAUGCAGUUGAAGACGCGGUCACGGCAGCCAUGACCGGCGGCGUUCUGGAAGUCACGGUAGAAACUCGUGAAGAAGAGGCUUCCCACACCAAAAAGAAGAUUCAGAUCGCUUAACAGCUAUCCACAUGCAACAGCAUUGCAAACACGAGGGUAAACUGGUUGCGCGUAAGACAACACGUUUUUAGAGUGACGUGCUUUUUCCGUCGGCACCAUGUUGUAAGCUAAGGAAGCGCACUGCUUCAUGCUUGCAGGUACACGAAAUUAUCCACGCAUCCACACGGACACAGAUCUGCAGUGAAAUCGUGUUCAGCGUCUGUCGGGAAAUAAGCGCAACUGGAUUUAUGCAGACGUAUCAAGAAUCGGUUUCUAUAACUCUACACAGAUUCACGUAUUCCAGUCAAACUCUUCCGGGGUCGAUGCGGGCAAUUUUCGAUCUUGAGCGUAUACGUGUUCCGUUGGGCGUCGUAUACACGAGUGUGCUGUGACAGUGACAGCAGUGAGACAUUUCUUUCAAGACGUCUCUUGAGGACAUCGAAUUCUUAAACGUGCUUCCCGACAGAAAAGUAUAACUCAAAUCGAAAAAACAGACAUUAUAGUACCUACGGCACCGUACUAUAAUUCCUCAUUAUAAGCGGAUUUUGUCUCUGUAUUCAGAUUCGUUGCAGAAUGUGAAACUGCCUGGAUAUCUGCUUGGCAGUCUCAUGUCAAUACAGUCAUCUACAACCCGUCUCGCCAGUCGAAGCACAUCCCUCUCAUGCAUAUGAUAAUUUUACUGAGCGUCCACCAGAGAACUGCGCAGCUCUACGCAAAACACGCCGCCCACCACUACUCUCCACGAAAAAACCG